GCAAAUCCUUGGGCACCAUGCUGACGGACCUGGAGACUGCCAUGAACUCCCUCAUUGAGGUCUACCACAAGUACUCCCUGGAGAAAGGGAAUUACCAUGCCAUCUAUAGGGAUGACUUGAAGAAAUUGUUAGAGACGGAGUGUCCUAAGUUUAUGACGAAAAAGGAUGUAGGCACCUGGUUCAAAGAGUUGGACAUCAAUGAGGAUGGUGCACUUAACUUCCAGGAGUUCCUCUCACUGGUAAUAAAGGUGGGCCUGGCAGCCCAUGAAGACAUUCACAAAGAAUAGCAGAGCUAUAGAGCCCUGGGUCUGGUCCCCUGGACU